AUGCGACGUUUGACCUCCGGGAUUGGAAAGAACUUGGUUUUUAACAGAUUUUUCAAUGGCAAUGCGGUAAGUUAUAGUUUCAAUGGUUAUUUUUUUAUUUAGGAGAGAUUCAAAAUUGUGGAAGUAGGCCCCAGAGAUGGUUUACAGAAUGAAAAGGUGAGAGUUUACCUUUUAAAUUACAUUUGAUAUGUUAUCCUUUAUGAAUAGUUCCAACAAAGUUUUGAUUUUAGACCCUCGUUCCGGCCGUCACGAAAGUCGAGUUGAUAGAUCGUUUGAGUGAUUGUGGACUUCAAACUGUUGAAGUUACCAGCUUUGUCUCUCCAAAAUGGGUUCCACAGAUGGCAGAUAACAACCAAGUCUUGAAUGGGAUAAAACAGAAGCCAGGAGUCAGUUAUCCCGUUCUCGUCCCGAAUAUGGCCGGUCUGAAGGCCGCUCUUGCUAAUCCAAACGUCAAAGAAAUUGCGGUGUUUGGUGCAGCUUCAGAAUCAUUCACACGGUAUGUUAUUCUUGUUUCGAUGUUUUAUCUUUAGUAAAAAUACGAAUUGCUCAAUGGAGGAAAGCUUGAAGAGGCUGAAGGAGGUAGCGGAAGAGGGAAUAAAGCAUGGUCUGGCUGUUAGAGGAUAUAUCUCGAUGGUCAUUGGAGAUCCGGAUGAAGGAGCGAUCGAUCCGAGAAUUGUUGCCAAGAUAUCAGAACAACUAUUUUCUUUUGGGUGUUAUGAAGGUAAGGGUAGAGUGUAUUGGUGAAUAUAAGCUAUUUUUCGUUUGAUAGGGUCUAACUUUUGUGUUUCAGUUUCUCUCGGCGACACAAUUGGAGUUGGAAGCGCCAGGACCACCGGAAAGAUGUUGGACGAGGUUUUGAAGGUGGCUCCGGCUGGGAAAUUUGCUGUCCACUGCCACGACACAUACGGACAAGCCCUUUCAAAUGUUUUGGUGGCAAUAGAGAAGGGAAUUCGAGUUGCGGACGCCAGUAUUUCGGGUCUUGGAGGUUGUCCGUACGCUAAAGGGGCCACUGGAAACUUGGCCACAGAAGACUUGCUGUACAUGUUGAAUGAUUUGGGAUUUGAGACGGUAACUGUUUUUUUUUGUUUUAUGCGAUUCAUGUUUCGCCCCAUGAUAGGGCAACCGUUUGACGGGGAAUGGUUGUUUACUUCCCAAAGCAUUACUUAGAACCUUAUAUUUUAUUUUAGGGAGUGGAUUUGGAUAGACUGAUCGAAACAGGUCAAUGGAUUUGCAAGGAAAUGGGAAGGGAGAACGCUUCGAGAGCAGGCCGAGCGCUGUUGACCAGGAAAGAACGUCAAAGCAAACGAGGAUGA